UCGGUUUCAACAAAACAGAGUACGUUGCAGCUGAAAAAACAACAACCAACAACAUCAUUCAAUAUCAUCUUCAUCAUCAAUUGACAUAUCUUUCUUCAUCAUUUUUCUCUUCUGAAUUCAUUUUGUGGGGCUUCUCUGGUUAAUUGACAUAUCACUGCCAUGGGGAAGCACGGUGACAUUGAGGCUGGGGCCAGCAACAAUAACAAUGUCUUGUAUCCAUACAUGAUAGAGUCACCGGAGCUACGGUGGGGAUUCAUCCGCAAGGUUUACACCAUUGUUUCUCUUCAGCUUCUUUUCACAGCUGGGUUUGCCUCCUUCUUCAUCUUCUUCCCACCGGCAAAGAAUUUUGCUCUCUACAAUGAUUAUCGCCUCUUUGUAUUCUUUGGAGCUGUCAUCGUCACAUUCAUACUUUUGUUUGUGUUGAGCAAAUAUUACAACAAACACCCGUUGAAUCUUUUUCUUCUUGGUCUCUAUACUCUGGGCAUGUCUGUUACCAUUGGAUUUGCUUGUGCCUUUGCCAAAGCAAUGAUUGUCCUAGAAGCUGCAUUUCUAACGGGUGUGGUUGUUGCGAGCUUAACGUUGUACACAUUUUGGGCUGUGAAAAGAGGCAGUGAUUUUAGUUUCCUUGGCCCAUUCCUCUUUGCUUCCCUUAUGGUCAUGUUGUUAUUCGCAAUGAUUCAGAUAUUUUUCCCUCUUGGACCAAUCGGGCGGAUGGUGUUUGCUGGGAUUGGAGCACUAGUGAUGUGUGGUUUCAUCGUAUAUGACACGUGUGACCUGAUUAAAAGAUACACCUAUGACGACUAUAUAUGGGCUGCUAUCUCCAUCUAUGGUGAUAUUGUCAAUCUCUUCAUGUACCUGCUUACACUUUUGAAUGACCUAUAAGUCAUUUAGUUAGGUGAUCCUCAAUUUCGAACUUCUUUCUUCCAUCUUCACUUUGUUUAGAUGCAGAAGGGUCAUUCAAGGCCAAAUUGGAAAAUUACCAUAAAUCUUUUAUCAGUUACGCUAUUUGUUACGAAGAAAAAUCAACGAAGGUCAAGAAUGAGUUGUGUUUUCUCCAAAAGAAAAAGAUUUGGAAUUGAACUGUUAUUUACGAACAUAAGUUUGACGAAACCAACGAAUACAAAUAUAUCAU